AUGAAUUCGAUGAUCGGCAAGCAAGGCGACGUCGAGUUCAACCUGCGCGACAGGCAGGUGAGCGUGAUCAUCCUCCUGCUUGUGGCCAUCGUAGCCGGCGUGUGUCGCGCGCUGCGACGCUUCUUCAACAUACCCGUCGUUGCCGUGGUUGCGGCGCUGGGCUUCGGUGCAGGCCGCCUCGUCAGUGGCUACGACGCGAAAGAGAAAGUCCUUCCGGUUACUGACCAGCAAAUUCGCGAGCUGCUGUUCCUCUACCUGCCCGUGCUCACGUUUACCGGCUCGAUCAACCUGCGCAGCCACCUGUUCAGGCAGUGCUUCUGGCAGUGCGUGCUGCUUGGUUUCGGUGGUCUGCUCUUGAGCACCAUGCUCUUCAUGCUGUACAUGUCGGGUAUGCGCGACGCCGAAAAACAGCACCUGGCCGAGACGGGGCUCAUCAGCUUGCUCACGUGCUGUCCAGAGCUUAUGUUCGUGUCCGACAUGAACGCGCUGUCGUUGGCGCGCUCGCACAUACUCGAGACCAUCAUCAUGGGAGAGCCGCUCAUUGGAGCCACCGUUCUCUGGAUGGCCUACCGGUUCAGCACGCUGCCGGAGAAGUUGACUAUUUACGCUUUCCUGAGGACAGUCACGUCUACGCUGUUCAUCGGGCCGUUGAUGGGCAGGGCGCUGGGACAAGCACUCGCGAUGGUUAUGAUAGCGUUGGCACAGGACCUUCCCGUCUGCUUCAUGGUGAGUGCUAUCAGUGUUAUAGCAACGUGGGCCUUCGCCGAGCAGUUUAUGUACGGUGCUGGCAUCAGCACCAUCCUCUCGAUGGGUCUCGCCGCUAGCUCCCAUGCAGAUGCCACUGUGUACAAUCCGAUAUCGAUCAGAAAGUUCUGGAUGCUCAUCAGGUACGGCUACGAAAUCGUCAUCAUCUUCCUGUCUGCUUUUUGGAUAGGCCGAGACUCGCGAGAGUUUCUGUCGUGGCACGAGAUAAUGAGCCCAGUCAACGCGUACGUUGCCAAGAUCGGUGUCCGGUUUGUCACCAUAAUCGUGUUGUAUCCGCUGUUGGCAUCAGUGGGUUAUAGCCUGAGUUGGCAGCAGUGCUUGAUUGUGGCCUGGGCGAACUUCAAGGGCGCCAUAAUGAUCGCCCUGGACUUGACCAGAGCUUUUCCGACCAUCAACCUCAAGCACGCCCUCCAGGAACAAUUUGUUCGCCUGGGCACGCUCUUCCUUGUGCAAGUCCUGAAUACCACUACACUGCCAAAGCUAAUGUCGAUCCUCGGGCUACUGGCACUGACGGACGUGGAAAGGGCCAACAUGAACAUGGUUAUAAUCGCGCUUCGAAACACAGCGAGUUCAUCAACUAACUUUCAGCGACGAGACAAGAAGUUCUCGGGUGCCGACUGGAAGUGGGUUCAGAUGCACACGUGUAUUGAAAACCCUUAUGAAGACGUCGACGAAGACGACCACGCUGAGCAGACAGACUUGCCGGCACUUGCCUACAGGAAUGCUGCUGCAAGGAAGGCCAGUUGUUUCAUCCUUCGGCUUCAGAAGGUUUGUUGCAACAAGCAAUACGAGGAUGGCAUGAUUCACAGCAAAACUAAGAGCAAGAUACUGGCCGCCCUGCAGUAUGCUAUGGAGAUGGAAGUCUCCCUGGAUUACACCAUGAUGAAGCCUUUCGUGACCGUCCCCAGUUGGAUCUAUGGGCUUAAGGACUUGGUGCAAAGAUUCGCCGGUAACGAAGCCAUCAAAAAGCGCCAAUACAAUACAAGACGUUCCACCCACUUACGUACGGAAGAUGACGAAGAGGACAUAGAGCACAUUAGCCUCCUGUCAGCCAUGCUCAAGGAAGGCUGGUACCAUGCGCUAGUCGGAUUCGUUGCUUUGGGCUUCGUCUUGCUGCUCAGUGGCCUGGCUUUGUUUAUAAUCAAAAAGCGCUCGGAUCCGUCCCAGUACGAGCUACUCCUGUCGAUCACCACGUCAGUGCAAGCAGCUUACAUUCUGCUCUACUCGAUAGAGAUGGUCAUCCUGGUGUACACCCUUGGCAUGCUGCGCAUGGGUAAGAAUCUUUGGAAGCAGCUUGAUGUUAUCAUGUACUUCCUGGUCGUGAUCGAGUUCUUUCUCAUCAGCAUGACCUCCGUGAGCGGCGGCACCAAGCCUGACGCCACUUACACCAGCGUCCUGCAGAUAAGCUUCAUCACAGUAAUCUCGUGUCGGAUCGUGAAGAUGCUGCAGAAACGCGUCGUGCUAUUCCUGUGGAUAUGGGACAUGCUGAAUUGGCUGCUGAACCGCAAACUGUUCUACGCGUAUGACCUUAGCUGGGCCUACAUCACAGCUGAAGACGAGGCGAUGAACAAGGUAUCCCGUUUCGUCGCCAUACCCCAGUUGGCGGCUUCCAUACGCGAGAAUAGUGGCUUGAACAAGCUGCACACGCUCAAAAACGUUGUGGACAUCCAGCAGCGCUACCCCAAUAUCGAAGUGGCAACCAAGACUCGCCAGGCAGCUCGAAAGAUCCUUAACAAGGCGUUCGACGGCCUCAGGGAGCUGCACAAAGGGGGUUUACUGGACGACAAGCAGUUCAGCCUGCUCUUCUCCAACCUGUCGUGGAUGAUCCAGCGCGCCGAUGGCAUGCCCGCCAACGUGACCGUGGGCAACACAGCAUUCAACACGAUGCUCAGCGUGCCGUGGCUCUCGUGCGACGUCGUGCCGCAGCUGCUCAAUUGCUUCUACCAAUAUCUGAAGGAAGGUGAGCUAGUGGUGGAAAAGAACAACAUGCAUGACUGUGUCUUCAUCAUCUGCUCGGGUAUCGUCCGGGUGAGCGGCUGCAACGAGGAGCCCUGGGCGAACCCCGUGCAGCUCGCCAACUCGGACUCUACGCGCUUCUACUUCUGCGAAGGAGCCUUCCAGGACUACCUCGUGGCGCCCGACAGUCUCGGCCUGUUGGGCUUCCUGACGUCGAGGCCGUCGGUGUGCCAGUGUGCGUGCGAGACGGACGUCGAAAUGUGCUGCAUCCCUAUGGAGGAGAUGACAACGCUGGUCGAGCAGCUCCCGGAGGCACCGAACCUCGUCUACCGCAUGUGGUUCAGCGUCGCCAUUCGCAUCGGGCUUGCCGUGCUCGUGAAGCAGAAGCGGUACCAGGAGUGGGACGCACGACAAGCUGAAGCGCUUCCUGAGAACGGCAUCAUGCCCAACUUGUAUUACGCCAUCGACUUCUCGCUCGACGAGGCCCGUGCUGGACGUGAUCCUGGUCCAGGGCGUUGUCCAGUGCUCAAAAACGCACGAGCUCUACACGGGGCCCUCGUACAUCCCCAGCACGGUGCGCGAGAUGACGCUACCGGGCAUCCUUCCAACAGGGCCCGGCCCAUAAUGCUCAAUCACCACCAUGAUGCGCUACCACCUGCCGAGCGACCUGGACUGGUUCCAACCAGCCGCUCACAGCACUACGACUACAAGAAGCAGCGCACCCUCCUCCAUGGCGGUCGUCAGAACCGGCUGAACAAUGUGGCCCAGCUCGGAAGAAGCCCUGAACCACCGUCAUCAUCGCGCUCGUUCAAAUGGUCAAUCGAACAGAUGGCCGAGCUUUUCCCGCUUAACAUUGAUGAACAAGAGCUAAGUUCUGUCCAGCCAGAAGAAAGCUACGACCCGUUUGAGGAGCAGUUGCAGCAGGCCAUCGACAUAUUCUUCUCAUCCCAGCAAAUCGUCCCGUCGCCAUCGGAGCCUAUAUUGCGGGUGUCGAGUGCAACUCGAGCAGUCGUUGGUGAAAACUGUGGCAUACAAAUGGGACGAGAGCUCCACACAGCCAGAAUGUGGAGCCGGGCGACACCUUCAGAGCUCCCAGAGGUUGACCUUUGUACAGUUUUGAGGGACACGGUUGAAAACAGACAAAUAGGCCGUGAAGAGAUCACUAGCCGCAGAUCCGUUAAGCGUAGGCUGUUCUCCAACGCCCCUGAAGAAGAAGUAAACAACGAGAGUCGGAGCUGUCAACCGCUAAGCCCAACGACCGACGACUCUAUGGAAGAGCCCUCUUCCGCAAUGCCUCUUCACAUGGUCCUGCAGUCGACUCCUAUCAGGGAUGGUGGUGUCACGCGCAUUAGUUGGAGUCUGCCUUCUGAUCUAGAAGAUAGAAUCACGCGGCUGUCCCCCAUAUGCGCCAUAGGUGGUUCAAGGUCACUGCAUGAGGUGACACCAUCGGACCACUAA